UUAAAACAACCAGUUACAAACCAUCUCUCUCUCGAUCUGAUCAGAUUGAUCAGUUGCUUUGGAGUUCUCGUUAGGGCAAGAUGUAUUUUAAUAGCCGAUCUCUAUCACUUGCUGCAGUUAUCUGCGUCGGGUGGAGUUUGUCUGCCAGUGCAAAACCGAUUCAGAUCUACGACGCUGAGACAGGAAAUUGGGUCGAUCUUGCGGUGGCGUCGGCAAAACCGGAAGUGACCACGGAAGUUGAGCAGCUUAUGCCGUCAUCCACAACAUCACCAGAAACGACAACUCCUUCGACAACAGCGAUGACACCCCCUUUCUUCGCUCACCCAACCGUUAAGCGAAAGAUUUUUCAAACGAUUAAAAUCUACGACAGGAGUCUCGGAAGGUGGAUUGAAUAUUCGCCGCCGUCUUCGCCAGUUGAAUCCGGACAGGAGCGAAUCAUUCCCAUUCAGCUGGACAACGGAUCGACCAUUAUGCCGACCCAAACGCAAACGCAAAUGACGAGUUCUACUCCCGCCCCUAUCAUUAAUAGUGGGGGUGAUUCAUUCCGGAGAACAACGACGGUGGAAAAGUUCAAAUGUUCACGGUCACCAAUUUCCGGUGUAAUAUGCCAGAAAAUUCCAGAUUCACAGGUUUCCGUUUAAAAGCUACUGUUUUUGAAAUAAUGAAAAAAAAAUAGUUUGAAAUGCAUUAAAAAAUCG